GCCGCGCGGUAUAUAACCGCGGAGAAAUGCUCUCACUGCAUCCACUCAGCCGUGUCCUCUACACCACAAUGGCAGCUAGAUUCGUAGUCGCUCUUGCGUUGGUGACCUUGUGCCAUGGCUACCCUGCUGAUGAAGCCACCCGGGACAGUCGCGCUUACUCCAUCGGUCAAGCGUACAACAGCAACGGUGGCGUCAGCCAGGCUUCAGCCAACACUAACGGCGGCGUCUCCCAGGCGUUCGGCAGCAGCACCAGCGGCGCGCAGUACGCUCGUGACGGCCUCUACUACCCUGGCCAGGCCAUCGCUAAGGCCGAGACCUACGACACCCCCGAGACCGUGUACAGCCCCUCCAAAGCCAUCGCUCAGGCGCAGAACGGCGGCGUGUACCAACCCAUCCCCAUCCCCGGAGCAGUCCUCACUACCUACCAACAGAACUUCGAGGCCCCCAUCCUUCCCGGUGGUGUCGCCGCUAAGUCCUCCGCUGUUUCUGACGGUGUGAACGACCAGUCUAUCUCCAGCGUCUCUACCAACGGUGCUGGUGACGCUCAAUCCUCCGCUCAGACCAAGGGUGUCGCUGGCUACGAUGUCACCUCCACCAACACCAAGGCUUCCGGAAAUGGUUACGGCUCAGCUGCCUCCAACGCCGUCAACGGUUACAAUUCCGCCGUGACCUCCGCCAAGUCCAACGGCUUCGGUUCCGUCGUGUCUAACGCUCAGAGUAACGGUGCCCCCGCCCUGCUCACCCCAGUCGUCCCAAGUGAAGUUGAGCCCUCCGUCAUCGACGCUAAGAAGCAGCCCGUACCUACCAGCUACAUCCACCCCUACGUACAGUCCGGCUACGGAUCUGCCUCUUCCAACGCCAACGUGAACGGCUACGGAUCCGCCAGCUCCUCGGCCAAGAGCUCCAAUGACAAGGGCAUCCACUGGCGCUUCGGAAGCUUCUACGAUGGCACCCACACCGGUGCCGUGUACCCCCCAUAACGGAUACGGUGCCGCCAAGUCGUCGGCCAACACCUCCGGUUACGGCAACGCCAACGCCAACGCCAACGUGAACAACGCCGGCUCCGUCGCCAACUCCGCCGCCAACACCCAGGGCUACGGUAACGCCAAGUCCUCCGCCAACACCCAAGGCUCGCUGUACGGCGGUAGGAUCUCCUCCGACGCCCAGACUUCUGGCCACGGCUCCGCCAACUCCUCUGCCAAAUCCCACGGCGUGAGCACCGCGUACAAAGUGGCUGACUCGUCCGCCAACAGCUAUGGCUACGGCAACGCCCAGGCUAAGGCCACCAGCUCCUAAGCGGCGCCACGGUCUGCAUGGCACAUAAGCAAGAACAUUACGACGACUUUUGGUACACCGAAAACUUGUCUUGAUGUAUUUGCUGGGCGUUAAUACGCUCUAUUUAUUUAUUUAUUAUGUUCCAGUGUGCAUUUAUUUCUCUAAAUAUGUAAAAUCGCUGCCAUGAAAAUAUUCCGAAACAAUAAAAGCUUUUCAUAUCUCAAAAA